AUGGCGUCUCCGCCUCGGCGCUCACGAAAGCAACGCGCCGCUGCGCCGACCAAGUUUACCGACCCAGGCUCCGACGAUGAUUUCUAUCCGGAGCCUUCCAAGAGAGCCUCAGACCCCAAGGUCUCCUCGGCUUCUAAGGUUAAAGCAGCCUCAGCCAACUUGACCCGUUCAAGCUCCAGCGAUGAUGUCCCUCUCAUGGCCCGCAAGAAAGCCAGGGCCGUCAAGCGUGCUGCAGCGCGCCGAGCUGCUGAAAGAAACAAAGAGGCAGGAUAUGAAGAUCCAGGAUACGAGAGCUCCGGAUCCAACUCAUCCAUUCCUGCAGUCGUUUCCGAGAAAAGCACCAAGUCGGCGGAGCAAGUUUCUCCAGGCAGCAAGCGAGGUGCGCCCAGGGAGCACACCGAUUCUCCUGCAAAGAAAACCCGGAUCGUUUUCAAGAAUAAGAACAGGUCUUCCGAUGGAGCGUUGUCCUCGUCCCCAACUUCUCCCACCGAGCCAGCGGCUCCAUCCAACUUGGCGACUCAGUCAGUGGAAACGACUCCCGCAACCUCGCUAGCUCCCUCGCAGCCACCGAUCAACAGAGAGAUAGAAGCUGCUUCGUUAGUGACAGUCCCCCGCGAAGCAACAACUCUUCACCCAGCAGGUCACCACCUAGCGGCUCUCCAACCAGCCGGAAUUGCCAGUCUCCAGCAAGUCAGCGAGUUUUUCGCUCACCUAUGCGACAAUGCCGACGCCGCCCAGAAGAGUGUGCAGCAGGGCGUCUUGGAUGCUCAGGCUAUGCAAGCAAAGAUCACUGCCCUCGAGACCCAGUUGGCAGCACUCAGCGCUCAAGGUGCUCGGGGCGCUGAAGGUACUCGAGGCGCUGGGGGUGAUCUUGUCGGGUGCCAGAAGGCCCUCGAUGCCAGCCGAGCCAGAGAAAAGGAGCUCUCUGUUUCUUUCGAAUUCCUCAAGGUCGAAUAUCAGAAACAGAAAGCCUAUACCGACGAGCUGAGGCGAGACGUUAGCGAUCUGAACGAUGAACUGGAGAAGUACUCCAACCUCCCAUACGACAAGAUCACAGACGAUGAGAUUGAGCGCCAGUGGCUUCUACUUGCCCACGAGAUCCAGAACUUUACCCUCCAAGUCCUCACCAGGGACCCCACCCGCGUCAUGGCUCCUUCAGGAGCCAACACGGCCCAGGUCAACGCGCUCAGACUCAAGCGCAAGCAAGACCCGGAGCUGGUCAAUUUUCACUUCCAGAAGCACAUUUGGGAUCGUAUCAAUAGCGAGGUAUUCCAUGCGGGAUCGAAUCUUUGGGGUGGUCGCUCCGGUAAAUCUUUCAACCGCCUCUGCAUCGACGCCACAGGGGGUGAUGCCGAGGAGAUGAAGAACUUCAGCCCCUUGAAGGCGCAGACAGCUAAAGUUCUACGCUCUACACACGAUGACGAAAACCAAGCCCAGGUGGCCAAGCUUGUGAACAACCUCAAGGCUGACCUAUUCGUCUUCACGGACCCCGAGAUGACCAAGGACACCAAGACGGCCAAGGUUGUGGAGCGCCGCUUGAAGAAAAUGGUUGAUCGAGCUAUGCACCUCAACAUGUCGUUUAUGACAUCGAGAGCCUUCUUCGCUCCGAUGGGUGUGCAGGACCAAUACGAGGAUGAUAAUGUCGACAUCCGAUACACCAGAGGAGACACGGAGGAGACUGAGCUUGAGCUCCAGGUCUCGCCCCAGAUCGUCAAGUAUGGGGACGCAGAUGGGUACAACUUUGAAAGUUGCACCAUCGUCUGCAAGGCCAUCGUUACCAUGUGCGAGGUGAAGUAG